GGAAAGUUAGACGGCUUAGGUCAGGGACCAGGGGCCUCGCCGCCUCGCCACGCCCCCACCGCCGCCCGGGCCCCGUUGGGCGCCGUUGCCCCUUAGGGCCUGACCUCCAGCCUGACUCCCACUUCCAAGACUUCCUUUUCUCCUCUGCAACCCUAGUGUCGUUCAAACCCCGGGCCCAGCGUUGGCUGGGGACUGCCAAAUUCAAGGCGCAGAACGAAGGCUAAGAAAAGAACCCCUGACGCUAAUCAAACCACACUUACCUGUCCGAACUCAGGCGUGAAAACCUCCAAGACCGACUUCCGUAACACCGCUCAACAUCCAAAAUGGCGGUUUCCCCAGCCUCAGCACAGCCAGAGCGGGCGGAAGGAUCCACGAGUCAAGUUAGCCACGCCCUCCUUCACACGGAUUGGCUGCGCGCCCGCCGCUCCGGGACACACGCUCCGAGGGCUUAGCGGCUCCCACACUCCGUUCCCUUUGGAGUCCGCGCGGCCGGGGACUAUUUCUCUUGGCGGAGGCUCCGGUUGUACUGCGUACCCAUGACGCUUGUGAGUCAUCCGCUGGGGCGCGCCCUGAGUUCUUCCCAGGGUGUGGUGAAGCGGUUGGCAAUGCCCUGUUCUUCGAGUCCGUACCUAGUACCUUUGUCCCGGAUUGAUCCAGCCAGUGGAAAAACUAGCUCCAGAACUGCCUCUCUUACUGCCGGAGUUCCUCGCUGAGAUUUGCUCCACUCCCUGUCUCGCCUCUCCCUUCGCCCUCGGCGGCUUUCACCUGCGUCCGGGUUUUUGUCCCCUUGUAGAGAGACGGACAGGUUUCGCUCCCUCCCUGGCAGAGCACCGCUGUUUAUGCUACUCUCCACCUGCCAGUCUCCGUUUCCUUCUGCUGACGCCAAUUCUUCCGCCCCAUCUUGAUUACCCUUCCAACCACAACCUCUUUGGCCUGUAUAUUUAAAUUCAGUAAUACGUUUCCUCGGCACCACAUUCUCUGGCAAUUUCCCUCGAGUAUCUCUAUAUUCAGAGGAAACUUUUCAUUUGAUUAUCUUUGUUUUUAACUUGAAAACCAUUUGUUCGGCUUGCAUUGGCAAGGGCUUCCUGGACUCCGCUUCCAGGAGAAGAUGCAAAUUACUUGGAUUCGGGCGAGUUUACUUUGCUCCGUGAGAACUGCACCAGAGCUGGAGGUUAGCAAUUUGCAAGGAGGUAGUAACAUCGUGGAACUGGGAAAGGCCAGAGGUCUCAGAUCAGGAAAACAUGUCCCGCCGGAAACAGACAAAUCCAAAUAAAGUUCACUGGGAUCAAGUAUUUGCUGGGCUAGAAGAGCAAGCCCGCCAGGCGAUGAUGAAAACUGAUUUUCCUGGAGACCUUGGCAGUCAGCGACAAGCUAUCCAACAACUAAGAGAUCAGGACUCCAGUAGCAGUGACAGUGAGGGUGAUGAAGAGGAGACCACACAAGAUGAAGUCUCUUCCCACACAUCAGAGGAAGAUGGCGGGGUGGUCAAAGUGGAAAAAGACUUAGAGAAUGCAGAGGAGCCUGUUGGUGGGAACAAAGUAGUAGAGCAUGAGGUCACAGAAAAUCUGAAUUCUGACCCCUUGCUUGAACUCUGCCAGUGUCCCCUCUGUCAGCUAGACUGUGGGAGUCGGGAGCAGCUGAUUGCUCAUGUAUACCAGCAUACUGCAGCAGUGGUGAGUGCCAAGAGCUACAUGUGUCCUGUCUGUGGUCGGGCCCUUAGCUCCCCAGGGUCAUUGGGUCGCCACCUCCUAAUCCACUCGGAGGACCAGCGGUCUAACUGUGCUGUGUGUGGAGCCCGUUUUACCAGCCAUGCCACUUUUAACAGUGAGAAACUUCCUGAAGUACUUAAUAUGGAAUCCCUACCCCCAGUUCACAGUGAGGGCCCCUCCAGUGCUGAGGGGAAGGACACUACUUUCAGUCCUCCAGUGUACCCUGCUGGAAUUCUGCUUGUGUGCAACAACUGUGCUGCCUACCGGAAGCUACUGGAAACCCAGACCCCCAGUGUGCGCAAGUGGGCCCUCCGUCGACAGAAUGAGCCUUUGGAAGUACGGCUGCAGCGGCUAGAACGAGAGCGUACAGCUAAGAAGAGUCGGCGGGACAAUGAGACCCCUGAGGAGCGGGAGGUAAGGCGCAUGAGGGACCGUGAAGCCAAGCGCUUGCAGCGAAUGCAGGAGACAGAUGAGCAGAGGGCGCGCCGUCUGCAGCGAGAUCGGGAGGCCAUGAGGCUGAAGCGAGCCAAUGAGACCCCAGAGAAGCGGCAGGCCAGGCUCAUCCGAGAGCGAGAGGCCAAGCGGCUCAAGAGGAGGCUGGAGAAAAUGGACAUCAUGUUGCGAGCUCAGUUUGGCCAGGACCCUUCUGCCAUGGCAGCCUUAGCAGCUGAAAUGAACUUCUUCCAGCUGCCUGUAAGUGGGGUGGAGUUGGACAGCCAACUUCUGGGCAAGAUGGCCUUUGAAGAGCAGAACAGCAGCUCUCUGCACUGAACCCCUCUCUUGUCUGUUCUCCCACCCACCCAAGCCCACAGGGCUCAGUGCUGCAGGUACCUACAAGGCCAUCCUUGCUGCCAGAGGCAGGCCUGGGUUUGUUGCAGGUGGACCUGUGCACCCCUUGCAUGUGGGAACAGGAUGACAGGGUCAAGAGGGACCCAGCUCUAGGUACCCGAGACAAGGGAGCAGGCACUCCAGAGAACUGGACUCCCUAGCCACUGCAGCAGGCCAGGCUUAUGGGACUAUAGGAUCCCAGUACAGCCCAUGAAGUUGUGAGGGCAAAUAAAUUAAUUUUAUCUUUA